AUGACACAAUCGGAACCUAAUGGACUGUUUGCGAUGGUGGAACUCAACUACCAAGGGGUAUUUAAUCGAAAUCCUUUCUCUUACACUGGUGGUGUUAAAACCAUCUUCAAUGAUGUUGACUUUUCUUCUAUGACUUAUUCUGAGUUUGUGACCUUAUGCGAACGUUUCAUGCAUGAAGAGUGUAAAAAGUUUUACUACUGUGAACCAGACAUGUCCCUGAUGGAAGGGCUUAAUCCCAUUUCAGAUGAUGUGGAAUAUUCUGCUUUUAUUUUUGAUGCUUGCGGAACAGAUGAUGUAAUUUCGGUUUAUGUGGAUCAUAUUAGGGUUGGUGUUGAUGGGUGGCAUGAUGAUGAUGAACAUGAGUCUUGUACUGAUGGCGAAAAUGAAGACAACAUAGAUGAACUUAGAAAUGUUACCUUUGAAUUUAAUGAGGAUGUAGUGCAUAUGAAUAGGACAUCAAAUGAUCUUUUCUUGAGUAAGCUAUGUGUUGAUGAUGAGGAUGCAAACAACAUUGUAGAUGAUGAUAAUGGGAGAGAAGUUGAAGUUAACAUACAAACUCAUUCCAUAUUAAAUGAGCUAUUACACUGGAAAAAACAAAAACCAAUUCUAGGGAUGAGAUUUAAGGGUCCAGGGCAAGUAAAAUCAAUGUUGUGUGUUUGUAAGGGAGAAUUGCUUUGUGCUAUUGGGAGGGAUGCAAAUGACAAGAUAUAUCCUAUUGCUUGGGCAGUGGUUAAUGUGGAGAACAAGCAGAAUUGGAAGUGGUUUCUAGAGCUUCUUAUUGAUGAUCUACACUUGAAUUUAGGCAAUGGUUUCAGUUUAAUGUCAGACCAACAUAAGGACAAAAUCUCCCACUUGGAUAAAGAUCCUAAAACAUGGUCAAGAGCUUUCUUUACAACCACAUUUAGGAAGGCAUACAAUUACAGAAUUGCUCCCAUAAAUAGCAGUGACAUGUGGCCAGAGACAAACUAUACUCCACCAUUGCCUCCUAUUAAUAGAAGGAUGCAUGGUAGGCCAACUACUAAGAGGAAGAAAUCGACUACAGAGAAUACAGGAACACAUAGGGUUUCUAAGGCUGGAAAGAAAAUUAGAUGUAGUAUUUGCAAGGAGAUAGGUCACAAGAAGGCCACUUGUCCACAUAGAAGGCCCCAAAAGUUAAAUGUGAAGAAACAGAAGAAACAAAGAGGUAGUACAAGUGAACCACAACAACAUGAAGAGGUUGAAAUGACUCCAAUUGAGAUGGAUACUACUCAAAAUGAUAUGCAAGUUGCUCCUAUUGAUGUUGAAUCUAGUAGUGCAGGGGAUUUUAGUCAUUAUAUGCAAUUUACUCAACCUAGAUGUUAUGAAGGUGAUGAGGGUGUUAUGGGUGAGGAAGCUGAUGUGGUUGAGGAAGCUGUUGUGGUUGAGCAAGUUGUUCAAGAUGAGGAGGCUGAGGAGGUUGAUCUUGUUAUCCAAGUUGAUAAUGUAAAUGUUCAGGAGGUUGAUAAGGUUAAUCCUAAUGCCCAAGUUGAUAAUGGUAAUGUUCAGGAGGGCCAAGCAAGCAAACAACAGGGCAACUAUCAAAAUGGUACCUGCCUAUUGCCUUCCUUGCAUCAUGAACUUCUUUCUCACUCUUUGCCACCUUAUAUUGCUCCUGUGACAGCAGAAACUCUACUUCAGCAAUCCUUCUCCUCAAUUUGUUCAUCUCAGACAGUUCAUCUUUGGCAUCCAGUUUCUGCUUCAGAGAGUAUAACAGGUUUUUGUAGUACCCGUCUACCUGUUCUUCAUCUUUCCAUUCAAAGAAGCUACAUUUCCUCAACCUAG